AUGACGCUGUCUCCACCAAAGCGGGUUGACGACAAGACGGAGGCCAUAAAGGGUGAAGUCUGUUGCAAGUACACAUAUGGCCAGCCCGUGAAGGGCAAGGUCAUGGUGGAAACGUGCGUCACGGAGCUCUAUCAGACAUACAAGACAAGCACAAAGCCAUGUGUCGUCAUACAUGGAGAGAUGACUGGCUGCUUUUCCUAUUCAUUUGAUGUCGCCAUUUUAAGACCACAUUACCAGGAUCGCUACAAUUAUCUCAAGAUCAGCACUUUCGCCGCGGUUUUAGAAGAGGCAACAGGCCUGAUUGUAAACCAGACAAAAGAAGGGCCAACCAUCACUACAUUUACCAUACAAGCUGACGUCAGUUCCUACACAAGGAAGUUCUUCAAGCCUCAACUGCCAUUCGAAUACAGGCUAACAGAAGCUGACUCUACAACGCGGAAUCCCGUCUCUUUUGAGGCAACUCAGUGGUUUUCCCCAAGUGACAGUUACAUCGAAAUUCAACCAAUCAGCAGGACUAUCUCGCCGGGUCUUCAACCAGUCGUAUUGUAUUUAACAAAUCCACCGAAAACAGCUUUCCGCGUCAUUACCCAGGUGAUGAGUAGAGGACGCAUAAUGCAUCACAGCCAGGACAAGUACCGAGUGAUGAAGCCAGCUGAUGGUACUUACAAGAGAAGCCAGCCAUGGUGCCGGAACCUGAAAUAUUGUUCAUCUGACAAACGGUUUGCCCCCGAUGUCCCCAGCAUCAAAAUCGAAUUGAACGUGUCCUGCUCCAUGGCCCCAGAAGCAACGUUGUUGGUAUACCACAUCCGUCCUGAUGGUGAAGUUGUAGCAGACACCGAGUCCUUCAAGGUGGAGCAGUGCUUCACCAACCCGGUGAAGAUGGCGUUCACGCCGUCCAAGGAGUACCCCGGCUACCCGACCCAGCUGUCACUGUCUGCGGCCCCAGGCUCUCUCUGCAUGGUGGGGGUCGUCGAUCAGAGCGUCUACCUACUCGGCGGAAAGAACCAGAUCACGCCGAAACAGUUAUUCUCUCCCCUGGAGCACUACAACGCCAUCAAGGACGCACCAGCGGACAGCUACACGACCCUUACCCGAUAUUGCGAAGCAUGGUUUAAGAAGCACGGAGUCGUCAACUCUGAUGAACUCAAAUUCAAUGUCCCUCACUACGCCUAUCUCAACACCAGGUUCACGUACCUGUCUGAUUAUGUCGACUCCAGCGUGGCAUUCAAGCUGUCGUCACUUCACAUUUUUGGUUUACUGGAACUUCGAUCCAGACCUUGUAAAAAGCAGUUCACCUACAACAUGUACCGCCAUCGCAGAUCUCUCGGUUCCGCUCUCAAUGACUGGCAGUCUGAUCAGUCGGAAGGUUCUGGGGGGAGAUCAUUGGAUCAUUGCGUGUCUGAGUCGGCGUCUGUGACAGCUUUCCAGCCGUUCUUCGUCUCCUUCACCCUCCCUUACGCCGCCGUCAGGGGAGAAUACAUCCCUCUCACCGUCACCGUCUUCAACUACCUCACAGAGUGUAUUGAGAUUGAACUGCGACUGAACGAUUCUAAUGAAUUUGACCUAUUGAACCCUGAGCGAGUCACGUGGAUGUGCAUAUGUGGAAACGAGGCAAAACGUCAUGACUUUGUGAUCGUACCGAAAAAUAUUGGGCACAUCAAUGUCACGGCUCAGGCCAAGUCGAUUCCCGGGGAUUCGCAGUGUCCCAAAGUCACGGCUACAGGAGAGGCAAUCGGAAUCAAGGACGCCGUGGUCAGACAACUCCUGGUGGAAGUGCGUCAGUACUACACCUACAGGUAA